UAAAAAUAAUUUAGUCGGCAUCAAUCUCCAAGACUAAUUGCACGCAUGCGCAGUGUAUACAUAUUUUAUGAAUUUUGUUUAUAAUGCGCAGAUAUCAACCGGAGUAUGUAUCGUCCCCAACGGCAGAACCAGACUCCGAUAGCAAUUCCGAGGAUGAAUCUUAUAGUAAUUCAUACAGUGAUAGCGAAUUCGCCAACUGGGAACAAUACGUGUGUGAAGAUGGAUCAUUGUUUUAUGUCGAAUACAUACCGAUAGAUAUGUUUAAGACUACAACUGCAACAGUCGGUGCAACAGGUGAUGGCAAGGUAGAAUUCCAGAGGGAUCUACCCUCAAGGAGUGGCAAAAAGACCAGUCGAAGGCCAAAUAAAGAAGACGAUCAGACGACGUCUACGAAAGGAGCAAAUGGCCAGAUAUUAUUUAACAACAUCAAUACCAGCGACGACAACUGCAAAAUCCUGGAACUAGUUAUAACAGCUGCAGAUCGAUACCGUUUUGGUCGUCGCUCAACGGCAGUGGAGUCCAUAUUGGGGUUCAGCGUAGUACCCUUCGUUGAUAAACCGGAAUGUCUAAUGGUAGAUGCCUUUAUUCAUGAUAUGCCGGAAUUCUUCCAGCAGGGCAAACACAUUCCCAUAGGUAGGGGAGAUUGGUUCAAAUCCUUGGAUAACAUUGAAAUUCGAGCCAGCAAUAUUGAUGACUUGUUGUUGCAGUUUGACGAACCGACAAACGUUUGCCUUAAGUUCCAGGGCCAAAAAACCGCGCCUUCCGCUGUGGAUCAAACAAAGGGUGCAGAGAAUAGCGGGCAACAAUUCUCCAAGAUAGAAAAUUACUCACAAUUCGCCCAACAAUUUGAACAACUGCUAAAAUCUGUUGAAAAUACACCAACAAUGCCAUUUGGAUUGUUAAUUUUACCACCGGAAUGCUACCAAAAUGACGAACAUAAAAAAUCGCUUUAUUAUUAUCCGGAAGACCCCGACAAUUUUCUCUACAAGGGUCGUGGAAGCUUCCUUACGCUCAGCACGGUCCUUACAGAAGAGUUGAAGACUAAACCGCUUGCGUCCGAAUUGUCCUUCAACGACGAGGAUUAUAUUGUGUUUUAUCGCAAGAUGAAUGGCUUCCUUGUGUUGUUUUCUUAUCUGGCCUCAAUGGUAACACUACCGGAAGGUAAUCUACGCGCCGACGAACUUCUGACCUAUAUUUCUUUUAUGCAACCAAAAAUGAGCUUGGACAGUUUUAAAGAUGCCUCAUUUCUGCAAUUUAUGAACAAUUUCUGCAACAUCCAACGCACACGUUUGUUGUGUCAAAAAGACCGGCAGCGAGGUGAAUUCCCCUUGGAGGAAGCUUUAAAAGAGUCACGGCAUCUACCGCUACCAAAAGAGGCACAACUGCGCGUUUUCGAUGCCCUCAGCGAAAUGGAAGCCAUGGACUACCGCAACUGGAAUGAUGAACCUCUCAAUACACACCGAGAAUUCUUUAUUUACGGAAGCGCACUCUACUAUGACAGUUUUAUGCUAACUUCACAAAUGCCCUUGGAAAUGCGACUCUAUAUGGAGACAUAUCUUCGUUGCCGUGGUGUUUUGGAAUUCGUAACCAAACAUGGCACAAAGGAGCUAUAUAUUUGGGAAGAGGUGAUGCUUCCGGAUAUGAGCGAUAGACACUUUUUGGCAGUUUGUGGCAGAGGUCAUUUGAUUUUAACCGUUAUUUUAAAGCUAUUUUGUCCUCCCGAUUUUGAUGCCAACUCUAAAGUGCUCCCAUCUCUUUUCUAUAUUGAAGAGAUCCAGGAAACACUAGACCAUUUACUGCAGUGUGGAAUCGAGUCGCUCGCUAUGUUCUGGGCAGUUUCAAACAAGCGCCCUGAAAUAAAUAACUGUUUUGUUGAUGGCAAAAUAAUGGAGUCAGGCAAAGAGGGAAAGAGAAGCGAUUUAACAUUAAUGCGGACCAAAUCAGCGUCCACAUCAGCCAGUGUAAGUCACAUGCAACGCAGCGUGCACUAUGAAGAAGAUACGCAGCUGUGUUCAUCGUUGGGCGGCUCUUCGGUGCACAGUCUGACACCAAGUGAAGAUGACUCCAGCAAGAAACGUCUCAUAUCGAAUGCAGACGACAGCGACAGUGGAUCUGAUUGGGAAAAUUUCAUGGAAGAAAAUAUUCUGCGUGGUGCUAUCGACGCAGAACUUCAAUCCCAAGUCACCGAGUCUUUGUGGAAGGAAAUAAGUAAUGUCGUGCCCAUAAAUAUUUCUUCGGGUUGCAUCAACAACAUUUACUAUUACAUUUAUGUGGACGUUACCAACUGCACAUCAUUUUCUCCAUUGAAAUCGGCCAAGGAUGCGGCCCCCUUUGCCCGGGAAAUGCAUUUGGCAUUUCACAUGAUACGCAAAGUCCUGCAGCCGACGAGGCACAGACGAGAUUUACAAAGGAAUCAAAAUGUUCGAGAUGCCAUUAUCCCGGUCAAAGAACACGGCAUGACAAUGGAAGUGGUUGACAAAAAUUCAUUGGAGAAGUAUAAGUUUGCGGUAAUAGGUCGUUUGUUUUUGUCACCGCCAAGAGAGGUUUACAUUUGCCACAGACCCGAUAUGCCCGCAAAUAUGGUGGAGUUGGCAUUCAGAUUGUCUUUCUUUUCAUCGGGUUGAUUUAGUAUUCUUUUUUUCCACUAAUUUUAUACAAAUGUGCAAGAAUUUUAUAUCAAAGUAAAUGUAA